AAAAUGAAUAAAAAAAUUAUCUGAUGUAAUAAUACAUUAAAAAUUAGAGCUGUGAGUUCAAGUUCAAGCUACAGAAGUUACAUGUUACCCAAUAUCAGAAUCUUUCAUGUUUUUUGAAGUAAACAAUAUGAAGACUUGCAAAAAAUUUUCUUUAUAGAUAGAUUUCUAUUGGAUCAAACCUUGUUCUAGUUACAUAAUCAGAAUCUAUUAAAGAAACCCAGUCGUUGUCUAUAUAUAGAAAAUCAAUAGAAUCUUAGGAAAUAUGAAGAGGAGAAGAGAAAUGGAGAGAGGGUCAGAGAUAAAAUCUGCCAUUGAAGAGCUUUCUUUGCUGAUCCAACUCAAAAACAGUGGUGAUAAUCAUCAUCUUGAAGUUUCUAGUAUACCCACAAGGCCAUUUUUAUAUGUCUGCAAUUUAGUAAUUCAAGUUCUUGAUAAGAUAGGCCCAACAAUGGCAGUUCUGAGACAAGACAUAAACCAGAAUGUUCAGAGAUUAGAAAUGCACUGUGAUUCUGAUCCUUCUUUAUACUCAAAUCUGGCUGAGAUUUUGAAGAAAGAGGCUGACGAAGGCAUUGCAAGAAAGGGAAACAGCUGUAGCAAAGCCUUUGUUUGGCUUACCAGAUCCUUGGAUUUUACAGUUGCUUUGUUGCAAAGAUUAGUGAAGGAUCCUGAUCAAGAAAUGGAGAAAGCUGUGGAAGAUUCUUACAGUAUCACUUUGAAGCCAUGGCAUGGAUGGAUUUCAUCUGCUGCUUUUAAAGUAGCUCUGAAAUUAAUUCCUGAUACCAAGACCUUCAUUAAUCUUCUUAAGCCAAGAGAUGAAAAAAUUGAAAAACUUACAGAGGAUAUAGACACCUUCAUUUCAGUCAUUUUGCCUAUUCUAGAAGAAAUUCACUCUAUUCUGAUAUUGUACAGGUUGGAUAAGUUGAAGUCUACAUAGGGAAGAUAAUGUGGAAAGAAAGCACAAAACACUACAUGUACAAAGUUUUGACUUAUACAUAACCUCAAGUUUCUGCUUCAUUUUCUUUUCAUAUGCAUAUUUGGGAAUAGCUGCGUGAGCUAUAUUGAGAAUUCACUGCAGUACGAGCUAAUUUUCUGUUCGUUCGAACAUAUCAUGUACAUACAAAAAUAUGUUAACCACGUACUUUGCUGUGAAUAAUAUGUGCAGAGAUUACAGCAAUUCA